UGACAUUGCACAUCGAGUGGACGUGAAAAUCGGAGUUCGCGAGUUAUCAAUUAGAAUUUUACCAAGUAUCGUGUGAAAAAAUGUAAUAUAACUUAUUCAACCAUGCUUCCCACCUACUCGAGGUCCACCACAACGCCAGCAACGUCACUCUUCCAGCGAAAAUUGUUCCGAAACAGUGAAAGAUUGCUGGUCAUCUUGGUCCUGCUCACGUUCUGUUUGGUGUGCUUCUGCGGACUCUUCUUCCUCCCGGACAACUUCAGUUCCAAUCGUGUGUUCAGUGUGUACAAGCAGCUGCAGAAGGCCGGCCCAGAGAUCUUCAUACCCGCCCCACCCGUCGCCCAGCAGGGCUUCAGGGGUGACGGUGGCGUUGACCCACAUCUCCUCGAUGACAGGGAGAAGCUUCAGGCGAAGAUUCAGGGCGAAAUCGGUGACAUAAUCGACCGCCCUGAGGUGCAAAAGGCUCCGCCACUGGACAAGUCUCUGGGCGAUGGGGUGCAGCAGGAGGGGCCCCUCUCCGGGGGCGUCGACGAGGACAAAACCGUGACGACAACGCUGAAAUUCGGGCCCGACAGCGGCCAAGACAGCGACUCAUCGAUCCGGGAAAAGAGGGAAAAAGUGAAACAGAUGAUGCUUCUCGCGUGGAACAAUUACAAGCAAUUUGCAUGGGGGAAGAAUGAAUUGCGACCGAUAUCGAAGCGAGCGCACACGGGCAGUGUUUUUGGGGCUUUUGACUUCGGCGCCACCAUCAUUGAUGGCCUGGACACACUGUACAUUAUGGGACUUGAGGAGGAGUUCGAGGAGGGCAGGGAGUGGCUGAGGCGGCGAUUCUCCUUUGACAAUGUCUCUGUUGAUAUUUCAGUAUUUGAGACGAAUAUUCGCUUCGUGGGCGGAUUAUUGACCUGCUAUGCCCUCACGGGGGAUCCGCUGUUCAGGGAUAAGGCGGUUCAUGUGGCUGACAAGCUGUUGCCAGCCUUCCAGACACCCACGGGCAUUCCUCUGGCGCUGGUGAAUCUUAAGACUGGGGUGAGCAAGAAUUAUGGCUGGGCGAGCGGCGGAAGCAGUAUCUUGUCAGAAUUUGGGACACUUCAUCUUGAGUUUGCAUACUUGAGUGACAUCACGGGGAAUCCGAUUUAUCGCGAGCGCGUGCAGAAUGUGCGUCAAGUACUCAGGGAGCUGGAGAAGCCCAAAGGAUUGUAUCCCAACUAUCUCAAUCCGAAGACUGGAAAGUGGGGACAAUAUCACAUGUCCCUGGGUGCCUUAGGCGACAGCUACUUUGAGUAUCUGCUGAAAGCAUGGAUACAAUCUGGUCGUGAGGAUCAGGAAGCGCGUGUCAUGUUUGACGAGGCGAUGCCGCCAAUCAUUGAGCAUAUGGUUAGAACGAGCCCGAAUGGCUUGAUUUAUGUGUCGGAUAUGAAGUUUGAUCGAUUGGAGCAUAAAAUGGAUCACUUGGCGUGCUUCGCUGGAGGACUCUUUGGCCUUGGGUCACAAACACUGUCCAAUGAGUGGUCGACAAAGUAUAUGGAAAUUGCCCAUGGACUGACAAAUACUUGCCAUGAGAGUUAUAUACGGACACAGACGAAAUUGGGUCCGGAAUCGUUUAGAUUCAGCGAAGCGGCCGAAGCCAAGGCACUGAAGACAUCAGAGAAGUACUAUAUUCUACGGCCGGAGACUUUUGAGAGUUACUUCGUCAUGUGGCGCUUGACGCAUCAGCAAAAGUAUCGGGAUUGGGGAUGGGAAGCUGUACAGGCGCUGGAGAAGCACUGCCGAACUCCAAAUGGAUAUUCAGGGGUGAAGAAUGUCUACAUGGAGGAGCCACAGAAGGAUGAUGUGCAGCAGAGUUUCUUCCUUGCGGAGACGCUUAAAUAUCUCUAUUUACUAUUUUCCGAUGACUCAUUCAUUCCACUUGAUGAGUGGGUGUUCAACACGGAAGCCCAUCCGCUGCCCAUCAAGGGGAUCAAUUCACUGUACAGAGCAGCUCCUAUGACGACACCUACUCAACAAUAAUUACCAUAAUAACACCACUAUUGUAACCCUAAAUUAAUUAUGAUGAGCUUCGACUCUUUUUUGGAAUUAUCAUGCCUAUUCCUCUAAGAAAAACGUUUGUCGAGAACUUAUUGCAUGUUUCACACACCGAAAAUAUGUGGCGUAUAUUGAAAAGAAAAAAAGGAUAUUUGACAAGAUGAAGAGAAGAAAGUAUAAAACAUAAUUGCAUAUGUACAGUUAUAGUAUAAAAUGUGCCAAAGGAUUUAGGCAAAUUGACUAAUAGAAAUUUUACGUUGUGAAGUGGUAUCGCGAGGUGAUAAUUGAACGUGGAUAUAAAUUAAAAUUGACAUAGCAAAAGUUGUUGUUAUAGAUAAAGAUAAUAAAAAAAAACAUUUGUAUUUCUUCACUGCACCCUUAAAUAGCAUUAAUGUAGGACAAGUCACGAGAUUCUGUAUAUUAAGCAUGAAUAAAUAAUAUCCUAGAGAGUA